AUCCUUCCAUAUAUAAGCCCACUCGCCCACAACGCCCCCCUUCUGCCCCUCCCUCCUUCCUCUAUUCAAUCCAUAUUUUCCCACUCUCAACCGUCAACCCUCACUCCUCACCGACAUCCACCUCAAGCCCUAAACCGUCUUCUCUUUGAAUUCACGUCACUGCCCCGCUUCACCACGGAGUUUGCCCUCUUUCGUUCCAUCUACUACUAAAAGACGACACAUAAUUGAAAAGGAUCAUCUCCUCGAUUCCAUCCACUCUCAUCCAUCUACUUCCACACGCUAUCUUCGGUCGUUUUCUUGAAAAGGUCGUACAAACUCUCACUGCUGCCACCUUCUUACAACAAUCUUGUUUCCCACCUACACAAACGAAAAAGAACGAGCAAUCGAUCUAUACCAUCAAACUUCAUCUUUCUAUAAUUUCGAACAAAGGAGCUUCAUUUGCCCCAGUUUCCCAGAGUCAGAACUUUUGUAACACCCCUCGAAAAUCUUCACAGUCCACACCCCUCGAACUUGUUGAGUCGUCGUGAACUUCGAAGCCUACCUCAAUUUCACUUCCCCCCUAGAGUGUUUUUGAGCUUGAAUUCAGAAGUUUAUAUAUAUAUAUACAACUCUCUACGAAUCUCACAUUCCGACAUAAAUAUACAAAAUCAUACAACAUGUCUGCAAUCCGCACCUCCGUCUUCCGCGCUGCGGCGGCCGCAACUCGCCCUGCCACCAUGGCAGCUCGCCCUCUCUCCACCUCUGCGCGUCUCCUCCGCCGCGAGGUCAUCGCUGAGAAGCAGAUCCCAGUCUCCUCUUACGCCGACCCAGAGUCGCACGCUCCCCAGCGCAGCACCAUCCCAGUGCGCAACGACCCCGAGAUCGAGGUCCCCGCUGAGGAGGCUGGCCUCCGCGCCGCGCCGUUGAGCAAGGCUCUGUUCUCCAAGCUGCCCAAGAGCAUCCAGAAGCAGACCGUUAUGGAUAAGGUCGUUAUUGUUACUGGCGGAGCCCGCGGUCUUGGUAACUCCAUCGCUGAAGCCUGCGCCGAAGCCGGUGCCCGCGCCCUCGUCAUCUUCGACGCCAACCAGACCCUCGGCGACGAGUCCGCCGCCGAGCUCCACGAGCGCACCGGUAUCCCCGUGCAAUUCUACAAGGUGGACGUCCGCGACGGUGGCGCCAUCAUCGAGGCCGUCAACGCGGUCGUCGAGACCUUCGGCGCGCCCGACGUCCUCAUCAACUCCGCCGGCAUUGCCGACUCCAACAUCAAGGCCGAGGACUACGACCACGCCAUGUUCCGCCGCCUCAUCGACAUCAACCUCACUGGUUCCUUCCUCAUGGCCCAGGCUGUCGCCAAGUCCAUGAUUGCUGCCGAGAAGCCGGGAUCUAUCGUCUUCAUCGCCAGCAUGUCUGGUUCCAUCGUCAACUACCCCCAGGAGCAGUCGUGCUACAACGCCUCCAAGGCGGGUGUUGUCCACCUCGGUCGCUCGCUGGCUGCUGAGUGGGCCAAGUACGGUAUCCGUGUCAACUCCAUCUCCCCCGGUUACAUGGACACGGCGCUCAACCGCGUGCCGGCGCUCGAUGCGCAGAAGAAGAUCUGGACUAGCUUGACUCCUCAGGCCAGGCUGGGGAAUGUGGAUGAGCUGAACGGAUUGGCGGUUUACUUGGCGUCGGAUGCUAGCUCGUUCAUGACUGGCUCCGAGAUCAAGUGUGAUGGCGGUUACAGCUUGUGGUAAAUUAUCCACUGACAGCUUGUCGUGCCUCUGAAGUAUUGUUCGCGUCGCGUCGCAUCGCUUCUUGUCUGUUGUUUUCUUCGAGGAUGGGAAGAGGAGGAGGUAGAUGAUCCAAGCUUGCUUUUUUUUAUGGAAGAAAUCUAGCAGCACUGGGGCGUUUUUUGUUCUGAAAACGGCGUCGUUUUUUUUUAGUUUCCCCUGCGUUUUAAUUCUAUCUUGGGCGGGGCGGAUGGAAAAGGGUUGAAAAACUGGUGGGUGGGAGAGGAGGAUAUACAAAGUAGAUUACGGAUAUGGUAUUUGAGAAGAAGAAGAAUUUGAAGGGGGGGGUAAUACAAAUUACAUACACUCUG